UACAAGGUCUCCUUGGCUCCUUUGGGACACCUGGUCCCUGGGGUUGCUGGCCUUCUGGACAGGAGCUCAGGAGCUCAUCGACUGAAGGAUCUGGACAGGUGGACAGCUGAGAACAAUCUCUGUGUAGAAACCACCAUUCUGCUUUCCACUCUGCUGCUUGAGACAACCACAUCCUUCCCUUACAGGACAGGCUCCAUGGAGAGCUCAGAUGUGGAGCUGGACUUCCAGAGGAGUGUACAGGCUGUGCUGCGAGAGCUCAACACCCCAAACCCAGCCCUCCAGAGUAAUCAGGGCAUGUGGAGAUGGUCUCUGCACAAGAAGAUGGAGAGAAAUCCAGGAAAGAGCUCCGUUCUGGUCCGAAUUCUGCUCAGAGAGCUGGAGAAGGCAGAAAGCGAGGACGCACGGCGUGUCAUCAUACCCUUGCUGCUCACUCUAAUGUCAGUGCUCACUAAGGCGACCGGCAUCACGGAAGAUCUAUACCAUAGAGCUUACACCUUCUGCACCAGGCUGCUGACCCUGCCAGCCCCCUACUCUACAGUCGCCUUGGACUGUGCCAUAAGGCUGAAAACAGAGACGGCUGUCCCAGGUACGCUGUAUCAGCGGACUGUCAUUGCGGAGCAGAACCUGAUAAGUGAGCUCUACCCUUACCAGGAGAGAGUGUUUCUGUUUGUGGACCCCGAGCUGGUUUCUGCCUCCGUGUGCAGUGCCCUGCUGCUGGAGAUCCAGGCAGCCCAAGAGCAGCACACACCCGAGGCCUGCAUGCGCCACGUGGUCUCCCAUGCCUUACAGGCAGCUCUGGGAGAAGCCUGUCACACAGGUGCUCUGAACAGGAAGCUGCAGGCCAGCUCCCGUCGAGUACUAGAAUACUAUUUCCACGCUGUCGUGGCUGCCAUAGAGCAGGUGGCUAGCGAGGACAGCCCCAGCCGGCUGGGACACCUGGAGAGGAUGGAGGAGAUUUACUGCUCGCUGCUAGGAACUGCGGCCACAAGAAGGCGCUGCGUCGGUGACCUCCUCCAAGACCGACUGCCAAGCAUCCCCCUGCCCAGCCCCUACAUCACCUUCCACCUGUGGACUGACCAGGAGCAGCUCUGGAAAGAACUGGUACUCUUCCUCCGCCCACGCUCCCAGCUGUGUCUCAGUGCUGAUCUGGAUGCCUUGGAUCUACAAGGAUUUAGGCCAGACCGGGACUUGGCCCGGGUGUCCACCGACAGUGGAAUUGAACGAGACCUUCCUUUGGGGAGCGAUGAGCUCCCAGACCCCAGCAGCUCUGAGAUGGAGCGAGCUGCACUUCAACGCAAGGGAGGCAUCAAGAAGCGUGUGUGGCCCCCUGACUUCUUCAUGCCCAGAAGCUGGGAUGGACCCCCAGGGUUGCAUCGGAGGACUGGAAGGCCUAGUGGGGAUGGAGAGCUGCUACCUGGAGUCUCCAGAGUGCAUACCGCCCGCGUGCUCGUGCUGGGGGAUGACAGGAUGGUAGGGCGCUUGGCCCAGGCUUACUACAGACUCAGGAAACGGGAGACCAAGAAGUUCUGCCUCACUCCUAGACUCAGCCUACAGUUCUACUACAUCCCUGUGCUGGCUCCUCAGGGGACUGGACAGGAUCCAGAAGCAUCCAGGAAACCUGAGCUGGGAGAGCUGGCUUCCUUCCUGGGUCGAGUUGACCCUUGGUAUGAAAGCACUGUCAACACCCUGUGUCCUGCCAUCCUCAAGCUUGCUGAGAUGCCUCCCUGUUUGGACACAUCCAGGACUGUGGACCCCUUCAUCCUGGAUGUCAUCACUUACUAUGUUCGCAUGGGCACCCAACCCAUCUAUUUCCAGCUCUACAAGGUUAAGAUCUUCACCAACUUGAGUCAUGACCCUAUAGAGGACAUUUUCCUCAUGGAGCUGAAGGUGAAGACCCAAGAUUCCAAGUCCCCGAAAGAGGGCUCUUCACCCCGAAGGAGAGGGGCGGCUGAGGGCACAGGAGCUGAACUGUCCAUGUGCUACCAGAAGGCCCUGCUCAGCCACAGACCCAGAGAGGUCACUGUUUCUCUGCGGGCCACCGGGCUGGUCCUGAAGGCCAUUCCAGCAGGUGACACUGAAGUUUCAGGGUUCUCCCACUGUACCUCACCAAAUGCUGCUUCUGCUGCAGACUGCUCCUGUCUGCACGUCAGUGUGACGGAGGUGGUCAAGACCUCCAAUCUGGCAGGAAGGUCGUUCACGACGUCGACGAACACCUUCCGGACAUCCAGUAUCCAAGUCCAGAGCCAAGACCAGAAGCUGCUCACACUGUGGCUGGACAAGGAUGGCCGGCGGACUUUCAGGGAUGUGGUCAGAUUUGAGGCUGGUCCCUGCCCAGAGCCAUGUUCGAGGGCCCAGAAAUCCAAGAUGUCAGCGUUCAAUUCACAUGGGCAGGAGACAGAAAAGAGCAUGACCAAACCCAAUUCUCUUCUGAUGCCCAUCAACACAUUCUCUGGCAUCAUCCAGUGAGCCUGCCAGGACAGUGGGAGAUCUGGAUCCAGGGGUAGCAGACCCAAGAAGGAAACACUACCUACCCACCUACAACAUUCACACUGACAGCCCCACUGGGCGUCUGUGCUUGGACCAGGAGUCAGAGAGUGCCUGGGAACUAAAACAGCCUGGAUUGUAGUGAAUAAGAGGAGCAAGUGAUAAAGAAGGACCCAUCCCAAGGCUGCCAGAUUGCUGGACGAAGCUGGAGUGAGACGAGCUGAUGCAAUUCCAGAACCAUCUUUCUUGUGAUGAUGUUCAUUUCCCAUUUCUCAUGCACUUCAUCAUCCACGCCGGCUCCCUAGGGAGUCCUGAGAACUGGUGACAAGCAGCUGCAGGUACAGCUGGCAGUUCACCAGUAGAGCACUUGCCUCGUGUAUGGGAGGCCUUGGGUUUGACCCCAGGAUAGAAAAGGGGGUCAGAGCUGAUGGGUUCAAUAUCUGAACAGAGUCCUGUGGCUGAGGAAGGAACAGGAAGUAGGUAAGGACUGCUGAUCCUGCUUCCUUUGAGUCCGUACAACUCUUUCCAGCUCUUAGGCCACGGUUGACCUGUGCUGAGGUGGGUCUGUCUGUCUCAGUAGAAAUGAGACUGAUAGUAUCAAUAAAGGCACACUAAAGUGUU